GGCAUGACCUAAAGGAGAUUUCUGGGAGGUGCAGUCCCGGGAGGUGGAGCUGCCCCACGGAUUCUGCAUACUGAACACCACUGGCCACGCCUCCGAGGAUUCUGGGUGUUGAAGGCCUGGGGCGGUGCCGCGCUGACUCUUCUGGGUACGGGUGAGUUAGUGCUGGACAGCUGAAGAGGGCCUGAGGAUUCCGGGUACUGAGGUCCUGAAGCCGCCCCGCCAAGGUUUGUGGGUACUGAGGUUCGAACUCGCCCCGCCAGGAUUCGUGGUGUAGACGCGUUGGACCCGCCCACCAGGGAUUCUGUGCACUGAAGUCCUGGAACCGCCCCACCGAGGAUUCUGGGUCCUGGAAUCCUGGAGCCUCCCGCCGAGGAUUCUGGGUACGGACGUCUUUAACUGCCCGCCGAGGAUUCUGGGUUCUGGAAUCCGGCCUGCGCACAGGAUCCCGGGUAGUGUCCUCCGGUGGACGGCCACGCCGAUGCGUAGAGCCUCCGUCUGCCUCCGGCCGAGGACGCAGAGCCACCGUCCCCACCCGCCGUCCGUCCCCGGAGCAGCCCUCCGAGGGGUUCCCUUCUCCAUGGAGAGCAGGAAGGCGGCUCUGGGACCCUGGAAGGCCGGCAGAGAGGCUCUGGUGACGUUUGAGGAUGUGGCUGUGGAUUUCACGCAGAAGGAGUGGAAGCUGCUGAGCCCUGCGCAGAGGACCCUGUACAGACACGUGAUGCUGGAGAACUUCAGCCACCUGGAGUCGCUGGGAAUUCCCUGUUCCAAACCAGACCUCAUCACGUGGCUGGAGCGAGGGGAAGAGCCCUGGAGGGAAGAGAGGAGACACCGGCCAGUCCGCUGUGCAGCAGAAGCAAAGCCAGAAAUGCAUCUCUCUCCCUGCUGCCCACUGGCCUCCGCUCAGCACAUCCUCUUGAGGCACACGAUUCAUGACCAUUCUGCUCAUAUGUCUGCAAGUGUACAUGCAACAGAUUACCCACAGCUGAGGAAUCCUGGCCUGGAGCACCAGGAACAAGAGCAGGAAGAACUCUCUCAUCAGAGCGACCACAGUGAAAGGGGAGCAGGUCAAGAGAGAGAAGAUAACUCCCAGACCUUGUUGAGGAGGGGGAGUCAGAUGUCUGGGAUAACUUCCAGCCCACACACCACCCAGGCAGUAAGUCUGGGGCAAAGGAACUCAGUGGUGGAAAUAGAGGGCAGCCAAGCCCAGAAGGUAAAUCCUAAAGAAACAGGCAAAGUUUUUAAAGGAGUAGAAAAUUCGGGAUGGGAGGGGUUCAUGCAUGCGUAUUGUGGGCAAGGCUUUAGCCAGAAGGCAGAGGUACUCGAACAGAGAAAAGCACAUCAUGGACAGAAUCUUUUAACAUGCAGGGAGUGUGGACAGGACUUUACUGAUAAGUCAGCACUCUUCUUGCACCUGAAGAUGCACCCAGGAGAUAUUCCAUAUAUGUGCAGGGAGGGUGGGCCAGACUUCAGCAGUAAGUCAAACCUCAUAACAUACCAGAGGACACACUCUGGGGAGAAGCCUUUUGUGUGCAAGGAGUGUGGGAAAGGCUUUACCAUGAAAUCAGCUUUGAUCUCCCACCAGCAGAUACACUCAGGGGAGAAACCUUUUGUGUGCAAGGAGUGUGGCAAAAGCUUCAUCCAAAAAUCAGCCCUGAUGUCCCACCAAUAUACACACUCAGAAGAGAAGCCUUUCGUGUGCAAGGAGUGUGGGAAGGGCUUUACCCUAAAAUCAACCCUGAUCUCCCAUGAGUAUAAGCACUCAGGAGAGAAGCCUUUUGUGUGCAAGGAGUGUGGGAAAGGCUUUAUCCGAAAAUCCAACCUGAUAUCCCACGAGGGGACACACUCAGUGGAGAAGCCUUUUGUGUGCAAAGAAUGUGGGCAACGCUUUUUCCAUAAAUCAGCCCUGAUGUCCCACCAGUGGAAACACUCAGGUGAGAAGCCUUUUGUGUGCAAGGAGUGUGGAAAAGGCUUUAUCAGAAAAUCAAACCUGAUCUCCCACCAGUGGACACACUCAGGGGAGAAGCGUUUUGUGUGCAAGGAAUGUGGGCAAAGCUUUGUCCAUAAAUCUGCAUUGAUAUACCACCAGUGGAAACAUUCAGGGGAGAAGCCUUUUGUGUGCAAGGACUGUGAGCAAGGAUUUUCACAAAAAUCAGCUCUAAUACGCCAUUUGAGAACACACUCAGGGGAGAAGCCUUUUGUGUGCAAGGAGUGUGGGGAAGGCUUUUCCCAAAAAUCAGCACUGAUCUGCCAUCAUUAUAAACACUCAGGGGAGAAACCUUUUGUGUGCAAGGAGUGUGGGAAAGGCUUUAUCCGAAAGUCCAACCUGAUAUCCCACCAGUGGACACACUCAGGGGAGAAGCCUUUUGUGUGCAAGGAGUGUGGGCAACGCUUUGUCCAUAAAUCAGCCCUCAUGUCUCAUGAGUGGAAACACUCAGGGGAGAAGCCUUUUGUGUGCAAGGAGUGUGGACAAGGAUUUUACAGAAAAUCAUCCCUGAUGCGCCACUGGAGUACACACUCAGGGGAGAAGCCUUUUGUGUGCAAGGAGUGUGGGCAUGGUUUUACCCGAAAAUUAGGCCUGAUCUCCCACGGGAGGACACACUCAGGAGAGAAACCUUUUGUGUGCAAAGAGUGUGGGCAAGGCUUUACCCAUAAAUCAUCCCUGACCUCCCACCAGCAUACACAUUCAGGAGAGAAGCCCUUUGUGUGCAGUUAUUGUGGGCAGAGUUUCAGGUGGAAGUCCAGUCUCCUAAGCCAUCAGAAUAAACACUCGGGGGUGAAGCCUUUUGUGUGCAGGUACUGCGGGGGAAAUUUCAGCUUGAAGCCAUAUCUCCUACGUCAUCUGAAGACACACUCAGGGGAGAAGCCUUUUGUUUGCAAGGAGUGUGGACAAGCCUUUAUCCGAAAAAGAUCCCUUAUUGCCCACCAGUGGAGACACUCGGGGAAGAAGCCAUUUCUGUGCAAGGACUGUGGGAAAGGCUUUGCCCACAAAUCAUCCCUGACAACCCACAAGUGGAAACACUCAGGGGAGAAGCCUUUUGUGUGCAAGGAGUGUGGGAAAGGCUUUCUCCAGAAAUCAUCUCUUACCUACCACCUGAGGACGCACUCAGGGGAGAAGCCUUUUGAGUGCAGGGAGUGUGGUGUAGGUUUUUUUCAGAAAUCAUCUCUUACCUCCCACCUGAGGAGACACUCAGGGGAAAAUCCUUUUGUGUGCAAGAAGUGUGGGCGUGGCUUUAUCCAGAAAUCAAACCUAAUGUCCCACGUGAAGACUCACACAGGGGAGAAGCCUUUUGAGUGUAGGGAGUGUGGGCAAGGUUUUCUCCACAAGUCAUCCCUAAUCUACCACCAGUGGAAACACUCAGGAGAGGAACCUUUUGUGUGUAGUUACUGUGGGCGAGGUUUUCGGAGUAAGUCAAAUCUCCAGAGACAUCAGAAGAUGCACUCAGGGGAGAAGCCUUUUGUGUGUACAUAUUGUGAGCGAAAAUUUAGCUUGAAGUCAAAUCUCCAAAGACAUCUGAAGACACACUCAGAGGAGAAGCCUUUUGUAUGAAGGGAGUGGAUAAGUGUGAGUUAGAAAUCAACAGAUGCAAAAGAAAUCUGUUCAUCUCUCACAUUCCCAUCCAAGAUCCAGAGAAACUUCAGGAAUCCCAUGACUACACAUGUAUAAAUAACAAUUACUGCAAUUUCUCUCUCAAGGGGCUUCCUUACCAGAAGGAUCUAGGGACACUGACCUGAUGGCUGCGCAUCUGCACCUCAGGGUCUGCCUAUGGUGGUCAGCCAUUCCCAUCCAGUAACUGCUGCUGUGCAAAGCUACAGCUGAGCCCGUGACCACGCUCGCAGUUGCAUCAUGCAGGCCGACGGGAUCCGCAGGUCUACCAAGACUUGAACUUGGAGAUGCUCCCCAUCCCUGAAAAUGAAGUCUCUGUGGUUCUGAAAAUUUAUAGCAGAUUCUGAUACAAGAGGUCCAGGCUUGAGAAUCAGACACCAAGGGAGGGGAUGGAGUUACCCAGGAUCCUGGGGAAAUGUCUCUCUCCUGCGGACCAGGUCUUGUGACUGACUGAGCUUCCCAUGGGCAGCUCUGAGUGGGUGAUGACAGCCCGACAGCCCAGCACUCUUCCACCAAACGCUCCUGUUGCGUCCCCUCUCCCACCAGCCUCACCUCCUCCCCAUGUUCUCCCGCAUUCUCUCUCCAGAUAAAAGCCUUGUUUUAUUCAA